AUGUGGCAAAGAUUAAGUAUUGCUCUUCUUUGGCUGUUACUCUCGACCCAGUCUUUGGCGUCUAAAGAUAUUCACGAAACUCCAAAAUUCUCCUUAAAAAGCUUAACUGACCCUCAUUUAACGGAUUACUACCCAUUAAGAAUUUCAUUAGAGGUUGACGACGAUUUCCUUCAAAACACCCAGUUGAAUAAGACUGUAAAAUCAGCUGCUGACACUACAAUGAAAAUUUUAUCAUAUUUAGUCCUUUCUAAAGCUUCAAAAUCUGGCUUUAAGUUUGGAGAGAAAAUUCAGUGUGAUGACUUUUUGAUUCACCAGAUAGUAAAAAGUCAAGGUAUUGAUGCAGACUUUGGCUUAUUUAUCAAAUCAAGUAGUGAUUUCGAAGAUGACUUGAUUACGAUAAAGAAAUGUGAAAGCGGAAGCCAACUUUUUGUCAUCUCAAUGGCAAUAAACCCAGAGAAAUUCUUGGCUCUUGGAGAGGUCUCACAAAUUAAAUCAAUAUCCUCAGCAAUUUCAAGCAUCAUUUUUGAGGAUAAUUUGUAUAGAAAUCAGCUACUGAGCGAAGUCGAAGACUACUUAACCGUCCACGCCUUUGAAUAUAUGCCAGCAAUCGCUGAUACAGGUUGCAAUCCUCCAAUAAGCAAUUGUGUUACUUGUAAAACGCCAACAGUUUGCUUUAAUUGUUCUGCCAGCUAUCUUCCAAAUGAAGAUGGCACUCAAUGUUGUGCUGGGGAAUAUUGCAAAACUUGUAAUGGCGGAUUUAACUGUGAUUCGUGCAUUGAUGAUUACAUUUACUACAAUGGAGAAUGUCAUCCAUGCCCUUCAUAUUGUGCUCUAUGUAACACAACAGCCUGUGUAGAAUGUGACCCUGGCUAUUAUCCAUUAGAAGGUAUUAUGUGUAUGUGGUGCUCUACAGGAUGUGAAAUUUGCCAUGCUGGUCCUUCAAGUCUCUCAAUAUGUACUCAAUGUUAUGAUAUAGACAACUCAGUACUUAUAGAUGGUGAAUGUUCUUGCAAAAAAGCGAAUCAAAUAUAUAACCAAAAUAAUAUAUGUGUUUGCGCUCCAGGCUAUUAUGAAGAUACAAAUGGAAUUUGCCAACCAUGUAAUACUGGCUGUGAAACCUGCACUUCUCCAAGCCAAUGUAUAACUUGUUUUGAUAAAAAUCUUACAAUUGCUAAUGCAGAUGGAAGCUGCUCAUGCAAAACUAAUGAGCUAACUUAUAAUACAACUACUCAUACUUGUGAUUGCCCAAGAGGUGAAUACCCUGACCUUGUAAGUGGACUUUGUGACCCAUGCCAAGAUAGUUGUGCAUGGUGUAUCGCAUAUGAUAUUUGCUUUGAGUGCAUAAAUAACAGCAUUUUAUAUAAUAGUGGAAAUGGUAAUUGCACGUGCUUACUCAAGACCUAUUGAGCGAACAAAAACAUUAGAAAAAUCCCAAAAACCCAUCCUUUGUAUGAGUGAACAAAAAAUGUUUUAAUAUAAAAAGUUUUAUGAAAAAAUAUAUUUUAAUAUACAAUGAUAAUUAUUAUAAUGAUAUGUCUAGCUAAUUCUAUUUUAAAUAGAUUGCAUUAAAACAAAAUUUUAAUUUUUGCUUUAAAAUUUGGAUUUUUUAAAUUUGAAAUAAAAAUUUACUAUAAAAUUUAUAUAUAAAACUUUUUUAAACAAAAUAACGAACAAAAAAAUUUUAGGUCGCUCACGGAGGAACUGAAGCUAGAUGGAUCAAAAAUCUAUGAUCCUACUACAAAUACUUGUGUACCUUGCCCUGAUGGGAAAUACGCUUUCGAUGGAAAUUGCUAUAACUGCAUUUCUCCUUGCGCUGCAUGCUCUUAUUAUGAUCAUUGCACAGAGUGCUUCCCAGGCAUGCAUUUAUCCUCAUCUAAUGCUAGUUGUGUCUGCAAUGACCCUACUCAAACCUUCAAUUCAAGUACAAACACCUGUGGAGACUGCACCGAGGGAAGUUGCAAAUGCACAGAUUCACAAGUUUACGAUCCCACAACAAAAACUUGUGUUUCUUGUCCUACUGGAAAAUAUGCAUCUGAUGGAGUAUGCUCCCCAUGCCAGUCAACUUGCUUAGCAUGCUCAUCUUCUAGUGAGUGCACACAAUGCUACCAAGGCAUGGAUUUAUCAUCCAAUGGUGCUUGUGAAUGCACAGGCACUAAUGAAGUAUUUGACCCAACUUCAAAAACUUGUCAAGCCUCAUGCUCAGAUCCAUCCAAGGUUUAUGACCCUUUAACGAAGUCCUGCGACAAUUGUCCUAAUGGAAAAUAUGCUUCUGACGGAGUAUGCCUUCCGUGUCAGUCGAAUUGUCUUACCUGUACAAACAAUAAUGGAUGCACAGAAUGCUACUCAGGCAUGACUUUGUUGUCAAAUAACACUUGUGUGUGUAGUGAUUCUGAAAAAAUAUUUGACCCAAGUGCAAAGAGUUGUAAAGAUUGCAGCGAUACCCAAAAUGGCUGUGAAAAUAAUAGCUGCGCAGAAGGAUGCAUUUUAUGUGCGUCCCCUGAGGUUUGUGAAACUUGCUAUGAUUCUGAGAAUAUGGUUAAUAAUAAUGGAGUAUGCAGCUGUGCAAAGCCAAAUCAAAAGUUCAGCGUUUCUGAGAAAAAAUGUGUGGACAGUAGCUCAGCAAAGGGGCUAGUUUUGGCUUGGAUUUUGGCACUUUAUGCAGCUAUUUAA